UCCUAGUCUUCGUUGUGCGCCUCCCAGAAGCGUAACCCUUGCGGUCUUGUUCAGGAGGAUCUCAUGGCUUCCAGGAAGGACGAUCCCAAGAACUCGGAGCACGAUGGUGCAAGCCCCGGGAAGAUCUUCAUCGGCGGGCUUCCCAAGGACACGAGCAUAGGUAGUAAUUUUGUUGCCAUUGCUAUAGCUUGGCAGUUAUAUGAAAGAGUUGUGAAUAUGUUCUAAUUUCAAGCAUUUUGUUCAUGGAUUUAUUCAACGAUAAGCAUCCAAAGUUAUAGUGAAGCAAAAAUUGUGCACAGGAGAAGAUGUUUGUAAGGCAAAUCCGGUCAAAAUAAAGAAACAAAAUGCUGAUAUUCCAAAAAUCAAGAAUAGGCAAGCUUCAAAAUCAAGGUCUGAGACUGUACAUUCAGCUACCGUUCGUUCUUCUUCUCCAUCUUUGGUUAGGAAAUCUGCCAUAGUAGACGCAUCAGUUCCUAUGCGUGCUCAAUCAGCAGAUAGGAAGAGGCCCAAUACCAAUUCAACAAAGUCUUCUUCGGCCCCUUCAUCUCCAUUACGAAGACCCACUUUGCCUUCACCACCUAAUUCAAGGCCUUCCACACCACCAUCCUCUGUGUGUGAUGGUACUGUAGAGAAACAAAUUCCUUCAAGAAGAGCAUUUGGUGGACGUGCAACUGAUGGACUGUGGCCAUCAAUGAAGAGCUUGUCUUCUUCUUUCCAGUCUGAAUCUUUUGGUUGUGUUAGCAGGAAGGAUAGACAAAUUAGGAGUACUUCCUUAGAUCAUACAUUGAAGAAUGCAACUAAAGCUGCUUCUGAGAGGAAGAGGAUUCCACUAACAGGGAGGAACACAUCUGAACAAUCAGAAAAUUCUAGCCUUGCGCAACAUAGAUGGCCAGCUAUGAAGGGUGGGAAGGUGUCUACAAUGGCGUUCUCUAGGAGCAUGAACUUGACUGAUAGAAUUGAAAAAGCUGCUUCUUUAAUGCUUCAAUCACGAGGACUUUCACCAACUAGGAAUAUUCCAGUAACUGAUGGUAUCAGUAAAAGCAUCCAUAAAUCAUCGAAUAGAACUGUAAAUGUGACUUCACCUCAUGUAGAAGAAGAAAAAGCCCUUCCUUCCACAAACCCAAGUAGGACUUUAUCAUUGCCUGCAGUUACCUUGUGUCGCCCCUCUUCACCUAAUAAUGCUUCAAUGCUAUCAUCAUCUGCCCCUAAAAGAAUACCGAGUCCAUCAAGCUCAAGGCCAUCAUCUCCAUUUAUUUCAUCUAAUAACACAAUGAAUCAAAUAGGUUCUUCAUCCAGGGUACUUGGCCAUAUUUUAGAUAAAAGAAAAGGGACAAAAGGUGCUGAUAUGGAAGAUAUCCAUCAACUUCGAUUGCUGCAUAACAGGGAACUGCAAUGGCGCUUCGUUAAUUGCCAGGCUGAAGUUGCCUUAGCCACCCAGAAAAUAGCAGCAGAGAACAUAUGUAAAAAUGUGUGGAAUGCUACCUCUAAGCUGCAAGAUUCUGUAACCAAGGAAAAGAUCAGCAUUGAAAGCCUCAAGCAAGAAAUGAAGUUGGAGAUGCUUCUUAAAGAACAGGUAACAUCCCUUGAGGAUUGGAUUGCACUGGAAGGAGAAUAUUCUAACUCUUUAUUUGGGACAAUUGAAGCUCUUAAAGCAAGCAUGCUUCGACUACCAGUUACCAGUGGGGCAAGGGUUGAUUUAAGAGCUGUUAAAAAUGCUGUCAGCUCAGCUAUUGACAUUAUGCAAGCAAUGGGUUCUUCUGUUUGUAGUUUGCUAUCUAGGGCUGAGGGUACAAGACGCCUUCUUUGGCAGCUUUCUGCAGUAGCAGCAAAAGAAAAGGCAAUGCUUGAUGAAUGUAGAGUAUUAUUAGCUGCAACAGCAGCAAUGCAGGUGGAAGAAUGCAGCCUUAGAGCACAUCUGCUCAACAACAGACAUCACGAUCAUAACAAUGGUGAAAAAAUUACAAUUUGAAAAGCCAAAUGGGA